AUGUUCCAACUCGCCUACUACCUUCUCGCUCUCGUCCGCGCCUUCUGGCAGCCGACCCCAGCCCCAGCUCCGGCCCCGGCCCCGAUCCCGACCAUCGACCCGCUCCCGCUCUCGGAACCGCUCCUCGCCAUCGAACCGCUCUCGGAACCGCUCUCGGAACCGCUCCCGACCAUCGACCCGCUCCCGGAACCGCUCCCGACCAUCGACCCGCUCCCGGAACCGCUCCCGACCAUCGACCCGCUCCCGACCUCGAUUCUCAAAGCCGGACCCACCUACCAGCCUCGACCCGAUCGGCAGAUCAGCUUCCAGUGGUGGGACGGCUACGAGACUCGGAUCGACCCCCUCGACGCCAUCGACCUCGAGGAGCCGGCACACCCGAAGAUGGACUUCUCCCGGGUCAACGACCGACCUCGGAGGAGCCGCCGCAAGGGUGUCCGGAGGAUGAGGCCCGAGAUGCCUCAGCCUGGCGAGCUCGAGGAGUUCCCGGAGCCACCAGUCGAGAUCGUUGAGCAGCAUCCGGAGCCGGAGCAGGAGGAGCAGGAGGACCUCGAGAAGUAUCGCAAUGUCACCAUCCGCAAACGCAGAAACAAGCGCCGCUAG